GAAGUUUGCACAUCGUUUAUUCAAAAUGUGGUUUUAAAACGAAGAAAUUUCAUUAUAUUUUUUAUAUUUAAAUUAUAAAAUAAUUUUGUCUUUGUAUUUUAAAUUUAUAUGUAUUUUAAUAUUUUUAUUUUUAUAUUUUUGUCAGGUGAAAAACCAUUUAAAUGUGAACACGAAGGAUGUGACAGACGAUUUGCUAACUCAUCAGAUAGAAAAAAACAUUCUCACGUUCACACAUCAGACAAGCCCUACAAUUGCCGAAUUUCAGGAUGUGAUAAAUCAUACACACAUCCAUCGUCUUUACGGAAACACAUGAAGAUUCAUGGAAGUCUUGGUGAAAAAUCUCCUUGUCAUAAUUAUGAUAGCGAUGGAGAAGAGUCAAGCUCAUCAAGCAUCACUGGAGGAACCCAAUCUCCUCCUGCAAAUAGUCGAUUCAAUCAUGAUAGCAAAGUUCAUUUGUUACUAAACCUUAAUAAUAGUACAGUAGGCAGCAGUACUGAAAGUACAAGUCUAGAGCUCAUAAGUAACGAUAAUAACAAUAAAUCUCCGUUAGUUCCUGAUUAUAAUGGUGGUUUAAUUCAAAUUGGGUCACCUUCAUCAAUGAUUCAUCAAAUUCACCAUACCCAUAGCUUAGGCCCAACACUAUCGUCCACGACUUCUCAAUCUGCUACCACAUCACAAUCAGUACUGAACCACCAUCAACAUCAUGCUUUAAUUUAUCAUCCUCAUACUCCGAAUGAUUGGUAUCAUACAGGACCGACAACCACAACAUCUUCAGAUUCUGUGACUCCUCUUAAUCCUUUUGGACAUCAUCAUCAUCAUCAUCACCAUCACUUAGUUCACCAUGGGCCAACAACUGCAUAUUAACAAAUUUAUGAAUUAUUGAUGCAAAAUUAUUCAAAAACUUAUAGAUAAUUUUUUUGUUCUUUGAAAUGUAUACGCCUUUCAUGUACAAAUUUAACAGCUCUUUAAUUAAUUUAUAUGUAAUAAAAUAUUCUUUUAAAAUACGUAAAAAUAGUUAAAAUAAAAAUAU